AUGGCUAAGCACGCUGCAUCCGUCCCAGUACUUAGGGUGAAGGUGGCCAGGGCCCAGCUUAUCCAUAGUUUUCACGUGACAUCUAAGCUACUGGGACACGCCUUCUCAGAGGUCAAAAACAACAACGUAAAGGACUGGAACAAGGUCGUGCUGGCCUAUGAGGCUGGGUGGGCCAUUGGCACUGGGAACGCUGCCUCUCCUCAACACGUGCAGCAGAUUCAUGCCAAACUGAGGGAGUGGCUGAAGAACAACGUGUCUGAGGCGGUAGCCAACUCUGUAAGGAUCAUCUACGGAGGUUCAGUGAGAGGUGAUACCUGCAGAGAACUUGCCGCCCAGAAGGACAUUGAUGGUUUCAUUGUGGGCAAAGGCUCCCUGAAGCCAGAGUUCAUUGACAUCAUCAACGCCAAGGCAUAAAAUGUGGACAACUGCAGUGUGAUUGGAUUAGAGUCCAACUCCAUUCAGACGGUUAAGUUCUGCAUCCCUCUCUCUCACCACUUAGUCCUCUUUCCCUUUUUCAUUUAAAGUAUUUGUGAUGAUGACAUUCCCUCCCUUUCCUUUAUUAUUUAAUUAUUUUUUAUUUGAUUAUAUAUUUUGUCACAAAGACAUGGGAUAGGGGUGGAAAGCUGUAAGAAAACAUUAUAAAUAUAAAUGACUUAAAGACUAUUUCAGUGUCUUGUCUCAUUUUUAUAUCCUUUCAUAACAGUAUUCAUUGUAGUCUCAGACUGGUUCAGACUAGUUGCUUCCAGUCCUUGUACCUGACUAUUUUCAGAGGAAUGCUUUUUUUAUUUUUGAAGCUGCCUAGCAGCUGAAAAUGGAGCUGCCAAGCAGACAGAAAAGAAAAAGACCACAAAGAAGAUUCCUGGAUGUAAAGAGAGAGGACAUACAGGA